AUGCACUUCCAAUCUACAACCCUCUUCCUUGCCGCCGCUGUCAUCUUCCAGGGUGUUUCUGCGCAAUUUUGCACUGGCCCUCCCUCAGACUGCAAUUUUGAAGACGCCGAGAUGCCGCUGUUUCCUGCUGCUCCGGAUCGUUGUACUGUCCAGCGAGCGGAUCUUAUGACCAUUCGGCAUCUGCAUGAUCUGCCUUUCAAAGCGCCGAGAAGAAACCAUCUGUCUGUCUAUCGUGUCAACGCCAUAGCAACAGUGAAUCAAUGUACAUAUCAAGCUCUUAUUCAGCCGCAUGAGAUUAGUCCUGGUAAAAACAGUUCCGAAAACAAAGUGGCAAGCCCAACCACACGAAAGCCAUACCUUAUAUUCUCAGUGUCGAGCCUUGUCUCAAUCUUGAGCACAUAUUCUCUAUUCCCGUGUGAAGCAGAUCAUCUUCGAGGCUGA